AUGGACAAGGUCAAGAAGGCUGUUGCCGAGCUUACAGAAGAUAUGGUCAAGUCAGGCGAAUGGCAGAACGUUGAUUUCGCUCCACUCAACUUCGAAGCACAAGGCACAAAGAUCCCAUGCGGCCACGAGCAUCCACUUCUCAAAGUUCGUGCAGAAUUCCGUAACAUCUUCUUCCAGAUGGGCUUCGAAAAAAUGGACACAUCCAAGUGGGUUGAGAACUCAUUCUGGAACUUCGACUCUCUCUUCCAGGGCCAGCAGCAUCCAUGCCGUGAUAUGCACGAUACUUUCUUUCAAACCCAGAGUUCGCACAGCCAAUCCCAGACCACGACUACUUCCUCCGCGUCAAGGAUAUGCACGUCAACGGUGGCAACGGCUCAAUCGGUCUCCGCUACGACUUCUCUGAGCAGAUUCCACUCACAAACAUCAUGA